GUUUGUUUUUGUAUUUAGAUGAGGAAAUGGAAAGCAUGGGAAAUGGAAACAAGAACAGCUGAAUAUCAAUACUCUCAUGAUCCAGAAAGAUUCAGAUUCACAAGGGACACUUCAUUUGGAAGAAGGCAUAUGAGCUUUUGGAGUAAAUCUCCUGUCCUAAUUUGGGUGGUAUGUUUCUUCAGACAAUUUGUGAGAUCAGUUCCAAAGGUUGACUAUAUGACUCUGCGCCACGGAUUUAUCACCGCACAUUUGGCACCACACAGCCAAACCGAUUUUGAUUUCCAGAAGUACAUCAAACGAACACUUGAAGCAGAUUUCAAAGUUAUCGUAGGCAUCAGUCCCCCAAUAUGGCUAUUCGCAGUUCUAUUCUUGCUGUUCAACACCCAAGGCUGGCGUUCCUAUCUGUGGCUGCCCUUUAUCCCACUUAUUAUGAUCUUGUUAGUGGGAACAAAACUUCAAGUCAUCAUAACCAAGAUGGGAUUAAGGUUUCAAGAACGAGGAGAGGUGGUGAAAGGGACACCUGUUGUUCAACCAGCUGAUAACCUUUUCUGGUUCAAUCGACCCUAUCUCCUACUUCACCUAGUCCACUUUGUUUUCUUUCAGAAUGCAUUCCAGCUGGCAUUCUUUAUCUGGGCUUGGUAUGAAUUCGGGAUAAGAUCUUGCUUCCACGAAACAACAAAAGACAUCACAAUCAGGAUAACAAUGGGGGUAGUGAUACAAAUACUCUGCAGCUAUGUUACUCUUCCAUUGUAUGCCUUAGUAACGCAGAUGGGAUCAAACAUGAAGCCAACAAUCUUCAACGAAAGAGUAGCGAAAGCACUGCGUACAUGGCACCAAACUGCAAGAAAGCAGAUAAAGAAAAAUAGUCACUCGGGCUUAGGUACACCACCUUCGAGCAGGCCAAGCACCCCACUUCAUGGCUCUUCGCCUCUCCAUUUGCUGCGCCACAACAAGAGCGAGUUCGACAGUGUGAAUGCUUCUCCAAGAACCACCAUUCACAAAACCGAGUCAUGGCCAGCCGAACAUGAUGAUGUUCCAUGGUCCAAUAAUAACAAUACAGGAACUGCCAAUCCGAUCGAAGAAGAGACGGAGAUUCAAGAAUAUUCGAACAAUCCUAUUUCUCAACCCCAUCACUUGCGAAAUGAGACACAUUCGGUAGAUUUCUCGUUUGAAAAGAACGCAGGAGCCUGAAUACUUGCAAUAGUAAUAAGCAGCAGAGUAUAAUAGCACUUACGAAUAUACAUUGAUCUAUUUAAUAAGCUAAAUCUGUGUCGUGGAAGUACAUAUCACAAGUUCAUAUGUGAACUGAGAAAUACGUUAGAGACAAUCAACUUCUCCAUAGUGAAGUAAAUAAGACUGGGCAUGAAUCUAUUGAUGCAAUAUACCAAAACCAACCAGACAUUGCACAAAUCAUAAACUUGCUAAAACUUUCGAGAGAAUGAAAUAAACCGAAUCUAAUACAUUCACACAUCUCAUCACCACGUCAAAGAAAAUAUUUUAAAGCACUAAAAAGAUUAGAGCAUGGAAAGAGAUGCAAAGAUCAAACAGAUAAAAUGUUCUAUUCAUCAAGUAAAACGAGAUGCGUCUAAAACGAACAAAAAGCAGAAACAUCACAGAAUUCAGGCAGCAAAA